AUGGAUUCUGGGACUCCUUGGGCUGCCAACCCCACUCCCUGGGGCACCCUCUCUGCUCCCAAUGCCACAACACCCUGGCUGGGCCGGGAUGAGGAGCUGGCCAAGGUGGAGAUAGGAGUCCUGGCCACCGUCCUGGUACUGGCCACAGGGGGCAACCUGACUGUGCUGCUGAUGCUGGGGCGGCUGGGCCGCAAGCUCUCGCGCAUGCACCUGUUUGUGCUGCACCUGGCCCUCACUGACCUGGGGGUGGCGCUCUUCCAGGUGCUGCCCCAGCUGCUGUGGGACAUCACCUACCGUUUCUGGGGCCCUGACCUCCUUUGCCGGACCAUCAAGUACCUGCAGGUGCUGAGCAUGUUUGCCUCCACCUACAUGCUGCUGGCCAUGACGCUGGACCGCUACCUGGCUGUUUGUCACCCACUGCGCAGCCUCCGGCAGCCCAGCCAGUCGGCCUACCCACUCAUUGCCGCUCCUUGGCUGCUAGCCGCCAUCCUCAGCCUCCCUCAAGUCUUCAUUUUCUCUUUGCGGGAGGUGAUCCAGGGCACCGGGGUGCUGGACUGCUGGGCAGACUUCCGCUUCCCUUGGGGGCCACGGGCCUACAUUACCUGGACCACCCUGGCCAUCUUCAUCCUGCCCGUGGCCAUGCUCACGACCUGCUACAGCCUCAUCUGCCACGAGAUCUGUAAGAACCUAAAAGGCAAGACGCGGGCCUGGAGGGUAGAAAGAGGGGGCUGGAGGAAUUGGGACAGGGCUGCACCAUCUGCCCCCGCUGCGGCCACGCAGGGGCUGCCAUCCCGCGUCAGCAGCAUCAGCACCAUUUCAAGGGCCAAGAUCCGAACCGUGAAGAUGACCUUCAUCAUUGUGCUGGCCUAUAUUGCCUGCUGGGCACCCUUCUUCAGCGUCCAGAUGUGGUCUGUGUGGGACGAGAACGCGCCUGAUGAAGAUUCAACCAACGUGGCCUUCACCAUCUCCAUGCUUUUGGGCAACCUCAGCAGCUGCUGCAACCCCUGGAUCUACAUGGGCUUCAACAGCCACCUGUGGCCGCGCCCCCUGCGCCAUCUAGCCUGCUGUGGGGACCCCCGGCCCCAGAUGCGCAGGCAGCUCUCCAACGGCAGCCUCUCGAGUCGCCGCACCACGCUGCUGACCCGCUCCAGCGGCCAGCCCACCCUCGGCCUCAGCCCCAAACUCCGUGGGAGGCCUGGGCCCCAAGAGUCACUGAAGGGCUCAGAGCCGGUGGAUGGGGAAGCCAUCACUGAGACCGGCAUCUUUUAG